AUGUGCCACUUUCAGGUCUCCUCACACUGCUGGUGUGUUCAAUUUUUUGACAUAGGGUGCUGGCAGAUUACGGGCCUCCCAUAGCUGCUGCCAGGCCCCUAAUCUGCCAUGGGCCCCUGUACCGCCUCCUCAUGCUGCUGCCAGGUCCAGAGUCUCUCAUGGGUCCCUGUACGGCCUCCCAUUGCUGCUGUCUCCAUCGCCACACUCUGCCAUGUGCCACUUUCAGGUCUCCUCACGCUGCUGGUUGGUUUCCAUUUUUGUCAUAGGGUGCUGUAUGGCCUCCCAUUGCUGCUGCCUCCACCACCACACUGUGGCUCCACACUCUGGUUUUGGCCCCGUGACUGCCCCAAAAUGAGUGAAGUGUGUGGUGAUUCUAAGAUCGACGGCACUCAUCUGCAUGUCAUUACU